GCAAAACUUAAAAAACACUUGUUCUUGUUCCAUUCCAGUUUCUGGUUGUAAGAGUUUCAUUGAUUGUUACAGUUAGACGAAGUCCACUCCCAUAGAGGAUAGAUAGACCAGGUCCGUCGCAGCCUGCAGCUUUGCGUACCCAAAGCAGCGCGCUAAAUAACUGCUAUUUGACUCCAACUCCGAAGUUAGUUCUCUUUGCUUUCAUUCUCUUAAUCCCAUAGCCAUCCCCGUUCUUAUUUUCAGAUAUUCCUACCUCUGCUCUAGGGUGUUUAAUUAGCUUUGCUUCAUAAAUCAUUUCUUAAAUUUUUUUUUUUUAUUUCAUUUGUCUGCCAGGUAAUUUUGCUAAUGCUUCGAUUAAACCUCCUUAAUAACUUACUGUAGAUUAAUUGAUAUACUUAAUUAAUCAUCCCCUUCACCAGAGUCCCAUAGAAUUACAAGAAGUUGGUCAAAGUUUAAAUUUUUAGAGAUAAAGUUGGUCAAAGUUUAAUUUUUUAGAGAUGCAAGGGUCAAACUAGGAUUCAAGUGUAGCUUUCUUCAGUUUUCAAAGUCUACCUGGUGAAUCUCUAGUUGUGCCAAUUGCCAACGUUGCAUCGUGACAAAGCUAUGGGCAGUUCCACUUCAUUUAAUCCACAUAUUUUAGUGGACAAGCUGGCUAAGCUCAAUAGCUCACAGGCGAGCAUAGAGAUCAACUAAGUUUGCUGUUUUCACAACCUUUUCAGGAUCAUCUAUCUUUCAUCAAACGUAAUUUUGUAAUAAUAAUUCACCAUCUGCUUGUCUCGUUACUUCUCAGACAUAAUUUUAUUGCUGUAAUAGGUUUAUGGUCUAGCUAGUUAACAGUCUCCUUAGAAGCAUCUCUUGGAUGAAUACCAUGUCAAUUAGAUAUUUGAUCUACAUGCCCCUUCUAUUAGAAGUUCUGAAUAAUAUUUAGAAUUUAUAGUUUGCACGUGCUUGCAUUCAUUUUCUAUUUUUUAAACACCUCAAACACCAUGUAGCUGUGGCCAAUAUUUUUUAGUUUUGGCAUCUUUUCUGCAUUGUGAUCCUUAAUCAUGUUUAGCUUUGUCUCACUGGUGUAUUUUCCACAUGAAUAAAGCAAAACAAGUUGUUGAAACUUGGGACAGGCAAUUUCAUUGCUCACCACAUGAGCAGAGAUUGGCCUUUCUCUAUCUUGCCAAUGAUAUUUUGCAGAAUAGCAGGCGGAAGGGUUCAGAGUUUGUUGGUGAAUUUUGGAAGGUCCUUCCAGAUGCUCUUCAUGAUGUCAUUAGUAAUGGGGAUGAGGUUGGACGGAAUGCUGCAAUGCGAUUGAUAGGAAUAUGGGAGGACAGGAAAGUUUUUGGUUCUAGGGGGCAAAUUCUUAAGGAAGAGCUUAUUGGAAGGCAGUUGGAUAAUAGUAAUAGAAAUGGCAAGCACAUUGGUUUGAAGCUGAAGCCGCCUGUUGGAAGUACAGUGGACACAAUAUUUGCAGGCUAUCAAGUUGUCUACGGUGACCAGGUGGACGAAGAUGUUGUAUUAAGCAAAUGUAGGAAUGCUAUUAGUUGUCUUGAGAAAGUAGCUAAGGACAUUGGUUCUGAUGUCAAUUCAGGACAAUUCCAUGGAUCUGAGCUUAUAGAGGAGGUACAAGGACAGCAUGCUAUUGUAAGAGACUGUAUUAAACAACUAACAGCACUGGAAUCUUCAAGAGCUAGCCUUGUGGCACAUCUUCGAAAAGCUCUCAAGGAAGAGGAGUUCAAGCUGGAACAAGUCCGUAACCAACUUCGGGCUGCUCAUUCCCGAUCAGAACAGGCUGAUACCAUCUGCAGACUGUUACUAAAAAGUGACAACCACCCAUCAGUGGCUGAGCAAAGUUCAAAGGAAGCACGCACAUUGAUGGCACCUGAAAGCUUUAUGGCAGUAGAUAAAGAGCAAACAGCCCCUGUCAUGUCCUCUGCCCCCAUUGAAGAAGAUACACGGAAAUCUGCAGCUGCUGCAGUGGCAGCAAAGCUAACCGCUUCUACAUCAUCAGCCCAGAUGCUUUCCUAUGUUUUCUCCUCCCUGGCAUCUGAGGGUGUCAUUGGAAAUUCCUUGAAAGAAUCAUUUAGUGAUUAUCCUUCUGAAAAGAAGUGUAAGCUUGACAGUGACCAGCCUUACAUACCAUCCCAGAAUCCCCAACAACGUUCAGUUCAUUCAUUUCCACAGUCUGAUUCUCAGCAAAAUAAUGUUACAACCACCAGCCAACAAUCAACUCCAAAUGGGGUGCCACCUCCCCCAUCUUCUUCUUCACCACCACUGCCUCCACUACCACCUGUGGUGCCUUAUCCGGUGCCCCCAUAUGUUCCAACCGCUGGAUUAGUAAAUGGUUUACCAUACAGCUAUGAUACAACACAGCAGCAGCUGCACCCCUUGCCUGGAUUCCCAGCUGUUGGGAGCAUUUCCUCCUUUACCACUGCACAAACAAAUUCUUAUGAAAAUUUUCAAGGUUCUGAAGGUUUCUACAACCAGCAGUCAUGCAUGCCAACGGUUCCAAUUUCUAGGCAAUAGCUUUAAACUAAUGUAGCUCUGAACAGAGAUAUAGCAUUUUUGGGUAACAUUUCUCAAGCCUGUCUUCCUUAGGUUAUGUGCCUGUUUAGGCUUACACCCUUUGUGUAUGGCAAAUGCCUGUGUCGGUAUAUCAAUACCUGCUUUAAUUUAUGGUUUUGAAACUAUUAAUCACUUUAUAGAAUUAGAGAUAGGGAUUGAAAUUUUCUUGACAAGUGAUUUAAAUCUCUCGUUCCGGAAUUGCUCCCUUAAAGUUUUGUUAGAU